CUGCGCACGAGAACCAAUGAGAGUCGAGGCAGAGCGCGAGAGCCAAUCAGUCGCGAGACCGUUCUGCGUCAGUGACGUGCCGUCAGUGCGUGCGCAGAGCUCGCGUGCCCUUGGUGUUUGUUGAACUUCAGAAUCAGUAUUGUAAGGAUGGGUUUCCUGCUCUCCAAAUCCCUCGAGCAGAACCUGCAGAAACAGCAAGAGUUCAUGCUGCUCAACACACGCCUGCAGUUGGAGCGUCAGCUGCAGAUGCAGAAUCAGAUGCGUGAGCGACAGAUGGCGAUGCAGGUCGCCUGGUCCAGAGAGUUUCUCAAGUACUUCGGUUCCUUCUUCGGUUUGACUACGCUGGGUCUCACCAUCGGAGCCGUCAGGAAGAGGAGAGCGGCUCUGCUGGCUCCGGUGGUUCCUCUCAGCUUCAUCCUGGCGUAUCAGCUGGACGCGGCGUACGGAUCGCUGGUGCAUCGCAUGAGGGGCGAGGCCGAGAGCAUCAUGGCGUCGGAGAGCGAGCGUCUGGCUCUUCCUCAGGGGAUGCCCACGUUUGAGAGCAUCGAGAAAUCCCGCCGAGCCAAAGCACAUCUGACAUCUCUGCUGGAGAAAUGAGGAAUCCUGACGUCUCCGGAUCGACUCGGCAAUGAUUCCUCAAUCAACUGAAGGAGGAGGCUCCUGAGAAGCUCUCAAAGACCCGUCCAGUCCUCAACUCAAAGACAAUAUUUCACCAGAACUGCUUUCGCUGUCAUUAAUCAUCAUGUGACGAGUCGAUUCUCAGGGGUCUGCCUGAUUAUUAAUUGUGGAACAUUUUUCCAUCUAGCUUUGGAAGAAACGUGGCAUGUUUUAGAUUAAAUAUGAUUACAUUUUCGUCUAGAUUCAUUAUUAUGGAGAAUCCAGCAGUGUUCAGUUUUUAUUGUGAUCCUGAUCUUUGUGUCCAACAAUAAAUCAUUAAAGAGGA